CUUAGCGAGACCCCGUCCAAUCUGAGGUCUUGGCAUUCGAGACACACACAAUUUGAUCGACGUGAAGACGGUUUUGAUAGCGAUUUCGAUCUUUCAAUUCUCCAACUCAACAUCCCCUCUCAUCACAAUGGCCUCAAACAUCUCCAACGAUCUGGUCUGGCAGAUCACCCGCAACCAGAACUCCUUCCUGGUUAACCGCAACUCCGGCGGUGGCUCCCAGUUCUCCCGGGACCCCCUGAACCUGCUGAACAAGCACUCCUACAAGUAUGCCGGUUAUGCCAACACCAAGGCUGUCGGUGUCCAGGCUACUGAGAACGGUGUCGCCGUGACCACCAAGAAGCCCAGCAACCCCCAGCAGCCCGCUCAGAACCUGGUCACUGUGACUUACGGUCCCAGCACCUCCACCCGCAAGAUCUACAAGGGUGUUGCGGACAAGACCGCCAAGAACAGCUACCGCGCUGAUCUCCGCGAGGAGGCCGUCGCCCGUGUGAGCGCCGUCCGCCGCUCGCAGCUCCCCAAGAAGGAUGCUCCUGUCCGGAAGGCCCGUGGCUCCAAGGCCACCAAGGCCGAGGAGUCUGAGUAGAUUUGUCUCGAGAUGAGGCUACAUUGUGGACCAUGAAGGACCGGGGAUUUGGGGAGAAGACUUGAUAGGCGUAUGUAAAACGCCAUGCUGGACUUGGAAACCAUGUAUUCUAGCAGUCUUACUCCUAAGGACAGGGGAAAAAAAAUCAGUCUCCUGUCUGAGACCUUCCAAAGCAAGAGAAAACAGAUUUUCCGCCCAAAAAACAAGA